GGAAAUCAGAGACUAUCUUGCAAAGCAACUGAGGGCUGGGGGGCCGGGAGUCUUUUUCAUUUUUAUUUCUGUCACUUUAUGGUGCAGAUUUUUUUUUUUCAAAGAAAGAAGAAGAAAAGAAAAGAAAAAAAAGCCACCGAAGAAAUCUCCCAAGGCAGCAGGGCCGUGAGGGGAGGAUGGGGAGAAACCCGAGACCAGCAAGGGGGGGAAGCGGGAGAGGGAAUGUGUGCGCCCGAGGGAAGAACGGCGGAAGACAAGGGAGAGGAGCGGGGGAAGCCAGGCUUUAAAAGGAGGCCAGCGGAGGAUUAAGGGGAGGAGAUCCCGGGCAGGUGGGGGGCGCUGAGACGCCCUAGCUGGGGAGCAGCCGCUCCACGCACGCAGCAGGGCGGAGAGGAUGGACCCGUGCGCCCGGGCUUGUGCCCCCCGCAGCCGCUGCGUCCCACAGCCGGAGGCGCCUCUAGGGGGCACAGCAUGGAGCCUGGGCUCCGGGGGCGGGAGCAGCCGCAGCCGCAGCCGCAGCCGCGGGGCCCGGGCGCGCCCCGCAGCGGGGCAGCGCGGAGCACCGAGGCGGUAACUGCCCGCAGGGGGUCGGGGUGGCAGCGCGGAGAGGUCAGUGCCUGGGCCGGGCGCUCCGGCUCCCUUGGGCCCCUGGCGCCGCCGCGCGUCUGGCUGUGGAGUGAGUGACCCGGGGCCACCUCCUGUGCCGGGCGCUGCCUGCCCCUUUCCGCCGGCCGCAAGGCGGGGUGGAGAGACGUGACCCUUCCCCUCCCACUCCCGUGUGGGCUGAGCAUCCCCGCCCCAAGUGGCAGCGGCCGGGCGGGGCCCUGCACUCCGCCGGCAGGACUGGGCCCACCCCGGCGCCCCGAAAGUGGCCGAGCUGGGCCAGGGGGGUGAGUGCCGGGGCCGCGUCGGCUUGUUGCUGCCUCUUGUCCCUGCGCCUUCGUCCGGCCUCCCCGAGAGCGCAGAAACUUCCUCCCGGGGACAGGCGGCUGGUCCCCGGCCUCAGGUUUCCCGCAGCUGGCGAUUCGCCGCGCUCCUCCGCCCGGCUUUGGAAACGCCUCGCAUGGGGAGAGCAGCGGACUCGGCGCGCUGGGGGAGGCUCCGCCGCAGCUGAAAGACCUGACCAGGAGGAUGUCAUGGCAGCCAGCAGCGCCAAAGCCAGCAGAGCCAUGAGAAAUCAGGAUCCUCUGGAGAAGAAGCCCCUGGGACCUGCCCCUCCUCCCCGGAGGCACAGACGCAAGCUCAGGUGCAAGUCGCCAACCGAGGUGGCCGUGAAGGGGCAGCUCCGGAUGCGCUCGCCAUCGGGGGCCUUCGUGAUGGUGGGCAUCUCUGUCGUCUUGGUCGGCAUGACAAUCGCCGUUGUGGGCUACUGGCCUCACCGGGGCCCACAUGCAGCUGGGCCUGGGGCCAGGCUGGGUAACUCCAGCGGCACAGGAGACAUGAAGAAAGAAGUGAAGGUCUCUGCCCAAGCCCGCUACCUCCCUCACAGCGAGAAGCUGAAGCUGAUUGGCCCUGUCAUCAUGGGCGUCGGGCUCUUCAUUGUCAUCUGCGCCAACACCAUGCUGUAUGAGAACAGGGACAUGGAGACCCGCCUGUUGAUGCAGAAAGGCCUCUACUCCAUGACCCUGGGCCUUGCCCAGGACUUCAGCCAGGAGGACAAGUACUGCCAGAGGAGGACUAGCUUGCCCCUCCUCAAGGCCAAUGCCGAGUGUGUCGAGGGCUGUUACAAGGUGGAUCUCUCCUCCAGCGGCUUCCAAUCCUGUUCCAGUCCCGGGAACAAAUGGGCUGACUGCUACAGGCAUAACAGGCUCCAGACGACGGCCCAGCUGCUCCAUCACAAGGGGAUUUCCCACUCUAUGUCCCUCCUCAGCGUCCGCUCAGACUCUGGCAACUCCAUGGAGGGGAACCUCAAUCUGUCCUUCACCCGUGGGGCCGAGUCGGUAAUUUCCUUGGCUGCCACUGCCCGGUCACUUCCCGUCAUCCAGGUGAACAACUGCCUCAUUGAGAAGCCGUCUGCAACUCGGGGGAUGGGCGAUGAGGGGGAGAUCAGCCUGUCUGGGAGGCCAGAUGAGGCACCACGGCUCUCAUGGACUCUCCCACCCAGGGGUGGCAACGUCUCCCCCAGAGGAGAAGACCUCCAGGGUGGCCAUGUCAUUAUUAACAUAGACAGCGGGCCUCCAUCCAUCACUGCGGGCGAGACGUACCUGAACCCAGACAGCACCGAGAACGAAUUCAGCUCAGACGUGCAGCUCCACAACCCAGGUCACUCCAAGUCGCUGGACCUUGGCAGGCCGGGCGUGCUGCUGGUGGCGCCCAUCAAAGACCGGAAGAACAGGAGCUGGCCUAGACUUGACCAAAUCAGUGUGGUAGGCUACGCCAAACUGGAAAGCACGGGUGAGUCCUCUGACAGACUAUUGGAGCAGACAGAUCAGCAGGGCCCGGACGAGACCAGCCCCAGCACCCAGGAGGUGUGAACAGAGACGGGUUCAAGGGUCUGACUUGGCAGAGGAUGGGUGACACGGCCAGGACACCCUCCUGUCUUUUCGUUGCCUCACCUGGGGGACUGCUGGGCAUGUUCUUCUUUUAAGCAGACGUUCCAAUGUGGAGAUGUGGGGAGGUCAGUGCUGCUGACUGAGGCCAGGACAGGCCUGCUACUCCUUAGGGGAGACUCUUCAAGGGAUAGAUGUCUCCUCCCCAGAGGCACCUGAUGCUGAGGUGUCGCUCUAUUUUUUUCAAUGGGCAGCCUCAGCCUUGCCUUACGCCCCCCUCUCCCUGAGCUACAUGAGGAACCCAGGCUUAGACAAGCGCUCCCCGAAAGGGGAGGUGGGGUGGGGAUCCCUGCUACUAAGCCACAGGGGCCCCUUUCCUCCUCAUUAGCCAGAAGGGCUGUGGCAGCAGGUGAGUGAGGGGCCCCCCGCACCGCCCCACUCCGCUAGGCAAUUCACUGGCCAAUGGAACAUUAAGGCUGUCAGGGUUAUUAAAUGUUCUCUUGCCACCACCACCGAGAUGCUGAGUCAAUCAUUUUGCCUGCACGAUGUUUCAUCAUCUGUCUUUGCAAAGCUCGCGGUCACGGGUUGCCCCCCUUCAAGAUGCCACUUGAUGGGCUGGGAUACCGCUGAGCCCACCUGUUCUGCCAGCCUGGGCUCCCUUUAACCUGUCUUGCUGAGCCAGGCUAUUAAGCCUCCUCCAGCACAGACACAGGCAGGGCCACACCCAGCUGCAGAAAGAGACAAACACUGAGAUCAGCUCUGGGAAGACUCAGCUUAAGAGACUUGCCCUAGCACUCAGGUGCCUACCUCUCUUGGAGUGCAGACCUAAAGUUAUAUUGUCUUGCUCUGUAUAGAAGAAUCUGCACAGCGCCCUCAUAAAAAUUCGCCCUCUCCCUCAAUGUGAAGAGAAAUAUGCACCCCUUUGUGCCCUCCCGGUUAGAAAUUGCAUGAACUGGGUUUAAUAAUAAAAGGUAGAUUUUUAAGUGGUUAUAAGGGUUAGCAAACAGAACAAAGCAGAUUACUAAGCAAAUAAAACAAAACACACAAACUAAGCUUGAUUCACUAAAGAAACAGGUUACAGAAUGUAAUUUCUCACCUAAAUGUUGAAUUUAGGCAGGAUGCAGAGUUUCUUAAGCUCAGUUCCAGUUAUUUCUUCUUCUAGAUUGGACCCCUGUCUCAGUCUGGACUUACUCCCCGCCUUUCCCUUCAGGUUAGUUCCUUUGUCCCUUUAGGUAUUUUCAGCAGUCCCUCUUCUUGGGUAGGUAGUGAAGGAGAGUCCCAUUUUGCCUUCCUCCCCACCCUUAAAUAAGAAUUACGUAAGGUGGGAAUCUUUUGUUUCCCAAACUUGACACCCCCCCUUUUAGUGGAAAGUUACAAGAAGUCCAAGAUAAUGUUUAGUAUCAGCUGACAAGACCACCUGAUCUAGUAUUGUCACAGCUGUGGCCUUCCAGGAAGGAGAGAGAUUAGUAUCUUCAGUCUUGUUGUUUCGUCCUGAUGGCCUGUUGGCUGGAGGGUGUCUUCCCAAGACACACCCAGUUGUAAUUGUUACAUAAUCCAUGUUCUUAACUUUAGAUACAAAAAUGAUACAUGCAUAGAAAUUGGAUAAUCACCUUCAGUAAAUGGUAACCUUUCCAAUGACACCUUACAUGAGCCAUUUUGCAUAAAACAUAUCUUAGUUGU